AUUGCCAAGUAUUGCACCGGAGAAACAAAAGAGAAUGUUCAUGUUCGUAGUAUAGAAUAGAACCACGUAUCACAGACAAAAUAUACAAGUAAGUUAUCUCGUUUGCUCUCUACUGUGCAAUUUAGAUAUCGUGGAGGUGGAGAUCCAAGAUCCAGCUUGGCUCUAAAGUUCUAAACAGACCCGAGCAACAUGGUUAGACGUUGAUACGAGCCACGGGUAUAUUCUGACGAAUUCGGAUAGAAUCGUACGUGGCGAGACUGAGUGUGAUAGUGGGAUCGAAGUGAGGAGGAACGCUUGUUUUCGUUUCGAAGUAAAGUAGAAAAGAUGUUAACCGCAGCUGCGAAUUCACUGUCGAAUAACGGUGGGUCUUACAGUAAUGACAGGCCGUCGAGCACAGCAGAUCCAGAACUCGCGACUGAUCCCGCCUCCGGUGGAUUCUUCCAUUCCGAUUAUAAAAAACAUGAAGACUUGAAACAGAUGUUAGACAGCAGCAAAGAUGGGCUGAAAUUAGAAGCUAUGAAACGUAUAAUUGGGAUGAUAGCGAAAGGAAAGGACGCGUCAGAAUUAUUUCCAGCAGUAGUGAAGAAUGUUGUGUCAAAGAAUAUCGAAGUGAAGAAACUAGUUUACGUGUAUCUGGUCCGUUACGCGGAGGACCAACAGGAUCUGGCUCUCCUGUCGAUUUCUACAUUCCAGCGUGCAUUGAAAGAUCCUAAUCAAUUGAUAAGAGCCAGCGCUCUGAGAGUGCUCUCGAGUAUACGAGUUUCUAUGAUAGUGCCUAUAGUAAUGCUCGCGAUCAAAGAUUCAGCCAGCGACAUGUCGCCGUACGUGCGGAAGACCGCGGCCCAUGCGAUUCCUAAGCUUUACUCGUUAGAUUCUGAACAGAAGGAUGAGCUGAUAGGCGUUCUAGAAAAAUUACUGUCGGACAAAACGACCCUUGUCGUCGGCUCCGCGGUGAUGGCAUUUGAAGAGGUCUGUCCCGAGAGGAUAGACUUGAUCCACAAAAAUUACAGGAAGCUCUGCAACUUGUUAGUAGACGUUGACGAAUGGGGCCAAGUCGUUAUCGUCAACAUGCUCACAAGAUAUGCGAGGACACAAUUCAUUAAUCCUAACGUAGAUAGUAUAGAGGAGGAUGAAAACCGGCCGUUUUAUGAUUCCGAUUCCGAUUCGUCGAACACGAAGAAACCGAAGUUGACGCUGGACCCGGAUCACCGGUUAUUAUUACGGAACACGAAGCCACUUUUGCAAAGUAGGAACGCGUCCGUUGUGAUGGCAGUGGCUCAAUUGUAUCAUCACACGGCACCGAGAAGCGAAGUGAUGAUCGCUGCCAAGGCGUUGAUCAGGCUUUUGAGAGGGCACAGAGAAGUUCAGAGCGUGGUUCUCCAUUGCAUCGCCAGCAUAUCAAUUGCCAGAAAGGGAAUGUUUGAACCUUUUCUCAAGUCGUUCUUUGUGAGAACUUCUGAUCCUACACAUAUAAAGCUUCUAAAACUAGACAUUUUGACCAAUUUAGCGACUGAGACUAGUAUCGGAGUUAUACUAAGAGAGUUCCAAACGUACAUCUCGAGCAGUGAUAAAGAAUUCGUCGGGGCGAGCAUACAAGCGAUCGGGAGAUGCGCGAGUAAUAUUAAGGAAGUGACUGACACAUGUUUGAACGGAUUAGUUUCGCUGUUGAGCAAUCGAGAUGAGGCCGUCGUCGCUGAGAGCGUAGUUGUCAUAAAGAAAUUAUUACAAACUCAACCGAACGAGCACAAGAACAUAAUCGCUCACAUGGCAAAGUUGAUGGAUUUCAUAACUGUACCGCAAGCGAGAGCGUCGAUCUUAUGGCUGUUAGGGGAGUAUUCAGACAGAGUGCCUAAGAUAGCGCCGGACGUGCUCAGGAAAAUGGCAAAGAACUUCGUGAACGAGCAAGAUAUCGUGAAGCUGCAAAUUUUGAAUCUAGCCGUGAAGCUGUGCUUAAACAAUCCUGUCCAAACUAAACCGUUUUGCCAAUACGUCUUCCAACUAGCGAAGUACGACCAGAAUUACGAUAUCAGAGACCGCGCACGUUUCUUGAGGCGGUUUAUCCUAGAGGAAGACGGACAGAAAAAGAAACUUCCGCAGCUCGCGAAAAGAAUAUUUCUAGCACCGAAACCGGCACCGAUGCUAACAUCCAGAUUCAAGGAUUCUGAGUAUCAGUUAGGUACGUUGUCGCAUUAUUUGGACAUGCCAUGUGCCGGUUACCGUCCUUUGCCAUCAUUCCCCGACGCGGCCCCUGACUCGGCUGUAAGGGACGUCGUGGCUAGUUUAAGGGACGACAGAGAAUUGGAGUAUUACAAAAAGCAGAAGAGAGACAAGAAAGGGAAAGAAAAGGAAAGACCGUUCUACAGUGACGAAGAAAGUGUUCAAGCGGACGAGCUGGAUAACGACAACGACGCUUCGGACACAUCGACGAGCGACUCCUCGGAAGAAGAGAGCGACUCGUCCGAAUAUACGUCGGACUCAGGUAAAUCUGAGAACGACAGCGAGAAGAAGAAAUCUGUCAAAGCUUCCGAGGAGUCUAACAGCGAAUCCGAGAGCGAGGAAUCAGAUUCCGAUGAAUCCUCCGAGGAAUUACGGGAAAGUGAAGAGGAGAAGUACAAGGCUUCCAAUCGAGAAGUCAAAGAGAAACCAAAAAGCAACGUUGAUCUCCUCCUAGAUCUCGACGAUGUGAUUCCAAUGACACCUGUUAUGCCGUUGAGCACAGGUGGCUUUCUUACUCCUAUGAGUUCCAAUAUUGCGAACGAUGUCAGAGAAGUAUCAGCUUCGUUCAUUCCUAUCAAGAAGUCUGAACUAUUAAAUAGUAUUACAGGUCACGGUUUAAAAGUAGAAUACAGAUUUACUAGAUCGCAGCAUUUAGUGAGCGCGUAUUUGGUCACUAUCGAAUUAACAUUCACGAACGAAAGCAAUGAAGCUAUCAAAGAAAUCAAAAUGGGAGCAAAGAAUCUACCGAAAGGAAUGCUUAUACACGAUUUCAUGAGAAUAAGUCAAUUAGAUGUAAAUUCAAACUUGUCCUCUACGCUGGGUAUCAAUUUUAACGAUUCUACGCAACCAGCGACUUUUAAUAUCGAUUUUGUACUAGGAGAAGAAAACUAUUCGUGCCCGGUUACGAUUAAGGCACCGAUCGGCGAAAUAAUAAGAGCCGUGAUCUUGCCGGAGAACAUGUUUCUAACGGAGAAAAAUAAACUGAAGGGUAUGAACGAGCACGCCGCGAAAGUGCAAUAUUCGGGCAGUAAGAAAGUUGUUGCUCAAAAAGUUUACGAAGCAGCGAACGUUGCGAUGAUAACUAAUACCGAUGAAGAAAUCAGAUUUGCCGCCCAUACUUUAGCAUCAAAGUCCUUGGUACUAGUGACAAUAAAACUGAUGGACGAUUGCUUGGAGAUUUGUGUAAAUUGCGAGAAAAUGGUAAUAGGUUCUAUCUUGUUAAACGAAUUGAAAUGUAAUUUAAAGACGAACUAAAUAUUUUAUAUGUAUAGUCACGAAUUAAAUAUAUGUUAAAUAUA